AUGAAGCUCAAACGCGCCAAAGCAUACCGGAAGCUUAUGCACCAAUACGAAGUGACCUUUGGCUUCCGCAGUCCAUAUCAGAUUCUGGUCGACCACCAAAUCCUCGAAGACUGCUGGCGCGGGAAAAUCCAACUACUCGAACGGCUCGAAGGCUGUCUUCAAGGGGCAAUAAAACCUAUGAUUACCCAAUGCUGCAUGAGGGCGCUAUAUACGGCGAAAGAUAAGAAUGACAAACUCAUAUCAUGGUGCAAAGAGAACCUGGAGCGGCGCCGCUGUGGGCAUCAUGAACUUGAUGAACCACUCUCCGCAUUGGAAUGUAUCUCGAACGUUAUCGACCCGAAGGAAAACCACACGAAUAAACAUAGGUUAUGCGUUGCCUCACAGGAUCGGAAGGUGCGGGCGCACCUACGCACUAUCCCUGGUGUACCCUUGAUUUACCUGGAGAGAUCCGUCAUGAUCAUGGAACCCAUGAACACCGCCUCUGAAGAGCAACGCGAUCGAGAGGAAAAAAGCAAAUUCCGCCAGGGACUAAAAGGCCAGCGCAACCCCGACCAACUUCCCAAGAGGAAGCGCGAGGACGAGGAGGAUGCUGGCGAUGAUAAUGUUGAGGGCCAAGCUACGGAAGAAGCUCGACUGCAGAAAAAGAAGAAGCGGAAGGGGCCGAAAGAGCCUAAUCCGCUCAGUAUGAAGAAGGCCAAAAAGGAUACGCCUGCCGGCAAUGCUACCAAGCCCAAGUCUACCGAACCGAAACCACCGCGAUCAGAAGCAGGCUCAGUUGAAGCUACUGCAGCAGAUGGUGAAGGCUCUGGGCCUCGUAAGAGGAGGCGGAAGCACAAACCCAAAGGCGAUGGAGAUUCUGUUGCCAACGUCGAUGGUGAAGCGACUGCGGCAUGA